AGCUGUUCGCUAAUAUGGCCAUUGUGAUGUUCCGAGUGCUUUGUUUUGUCAUCAGUGUUGGCCUUUGUGCCCCACAAGGAAAUCGAGAUCUUCAUGGAAAAUCACUGAGCUUUCAAGAGCAAACAGAUACUGGUUAUGCCAUCUUAUAUCCUGAAAAUCCUCUAAACCUGGAUGCCUUCACACUUUGCCUCCGGGUAUCUGCUGAGCCCCCUGGUGACUAUGACAUGAUUCUGUUCUCCUACUUUGGCGACAGAGUUGAUCAACUGAAUCUCUGGAGAAAGCAGGAUGGCAAUUUCUCAUUAUAUAUUGCAAGCAACAAUGAUGAUGUGUCAUUCUCUCUACCCCAGAUCAGCACAUUUGGUACCCAACUUUGUGUAACGUGGGAAUCGUCAUCUGGUACCACUGCCUUCUGGGUUGACGGUAAAAUGUCAGUGAGAAAAACAUAUCGUCAACACCAGAAAGUGCAUCCAGGUGGGACUGUAAUACUUGGGCAAGAUCAGGACCUCCAAGGGGGAGGAUUUGAUGCAUCGCAAAGCUUUGUGGGUGAAGUCACUAAUGUCAAUCUGUGGGAUUAUGUUUUGCCAAAUGAAUCCAUUAUACAGUUGGAUAGGGCUGGGAAUGUUAUUGAUUGGAAGUCAGUCAAAUAUGAAAUUGCAGGGGAUGUAAAGAUUUAUCAAAAAUAAGUAAAAUGUAGAGAGCAGUCAUAGCCAAAUGUUGGAGAGGACCCUGACAUGCAGACAAGACAAGGCCUUUAUGCUGAAGCAGUAAAUGAAUAAGUAAUGUGAAACCUGUAAACCUUCAGCUGUUGUUGCAGGUUCUACACCUGUAGGUCUACAGCUUGGAUAUUGCCAAUAUAUACACUGACCCCUAACAAUUGGUACACAAUAUAAAACAGGGGUACCUAAAUUUAACUGAUGAUCUCUCGCCACUAUGGCAUUGUCAUAAUUCUGUACCAAUGCCAUGGAAAAUAUAGCUAUUACAUUCAGCACUACUACACAAUAAUUAUUAUAUUUAACUGAACACCACCCAUUCCUGUAAUAAAAAUGUGAAUAAGGAAGCAACAAAGAGGUUAAUCUUAAAUUGAGUUACAUGUGCACAGUGAUCUACUCUCGUUAAAAACCUAAAGAUCUCGGGUAUUCCUCGCAAAAUGUCCUUUUUUUCUGUUUUUACCUCCAGAAGGCCCUCUUAUGCUGCAGAUGCAGGGUCAAUGCCCCCUCUCCAUUGCUCAAAGCAGCACUGCUCCCUUAUUUAAUCAUAGCGCUACGUAUGAUUUCCUUUCUUUGUAAUAAUCUAGUUAUGAUUGCUAUAUUAAUGUGAAAUUAAUGUGAUCACACUUGUUCUAUUACACAAUAAAGAAAGCUUAUUUGCAUUG